GUCCCGACCACCUCUUGGUCCGACGUCGGCGGGUUGGAGGACGUCAAGGCGGCGAUCCGGGAGAUCGUGGAGCUGCCGCUGAAGCGGAAGGCGCUCGUGCGGCGCGUCACCGGCGGGGUCGGCGGGCGGAGCGGCGCGCUGUUGUACGGGCCGCCCGGGACGGGGAAGACGCUUCUCGCCAAGGCGGUGGCGACGGAGUGCGCGUUUCUCUCCGUGAAGGGUCCGGAGCUCGUGAACAUGUACGUGGGCGAGUCCGAGCGCAACGUCCGCGAGGUGUUCGAGCGCGCGCGCGACGCGGCGCCGUGCGUGGUGUUCUUCGACGAGCUCGACGCGCUCGCGCCCGCGCGCGGCGCGGGCGCGGACAGCGGCGGCGUGAUGGACCGAGUCGUGUCUCAGGCGCGUUCCGUACUCGACGGCGCCAACGCCGCCGCCGCGCGCGACGACGACGCCGGCGGGCUUCUGUUCGUCGUCGGCGCGACGAACCGCCCGGACCUCGUGGACUCGGCGCUGCUGCGCCCCGGGCGGUUCGAUCGGCUGCUGUACGUCGGCGUGGACGCGAGCGUCGACGGGCGCGCGCGGGUGUUGACGGCGUUGACGAGGAAGUUUACGUUCGAGGAGGAGGAGUGGGGGCGCGCGAGCGGCGGCGGCGGCGGCGGCGGCGGCGGCGCGGGCGCGGGGAGCGGACGGUCUCGCGUGGUGGAGAAACUCGCGCGGAUGAUUCCGGCGCGGUUCACCGGCGCGGACGUGUACGCGCUGUGCGCGGACGCGUGGACGCGCGCGGCGAAGCGAGCGAUAGCGGUCGGCGAAGCGAGCGGCGGCGGCGGCGGCGAGGAAGAAGACGAAGAAGAAGACGGAUCAGACGCGAGAGGAGACGGCGGCGCCGUCGUCGUCGUCGUCCGCGGGUCCGACUUCGUCGACGCGCUCGGCGAGCUGACGCCGAGCCUGACGGACGAGGACGUCGCGCACUACGCGCGCAUGCGCGAGGGGUUCGAGGGCGGGAGAAGCGGUAGGUCGCGUUAG